CUUUUAGGAACUUUCUGCACUUGUUCUGUCUUUGUUCUCUUGAUGUUUAUUGCACUAUAGGAUUUUUAAGAUUAUUUGUGUUGUGUUCUUAAAACUGAUUUUGUUUACAGCAGCAGGUGCCACAACAAAUGAAGGACGUCAGGGACAGGGAAGAAGCAGAACUGCUUUCUGGCAUAGCUGUCCCUGACGUUGCACAAAAGUGCACAUGCUGCAGUAGUGGCUGCAACAUAGCAGGAGAGUUCGAGCAGCUGAAAGAAGAAGCAGCAGUUGAGCGGCGGGAGCUGCAAGAAAGGGUAUCCGAGCUCCAAGCUCUUAAUGCCCGCCUGCAGAAGGCACUGACAUCAAAAAUUUUUGCAAGCGAAAGCCGGAUAAUAUCUGCAUCAAUGGAUGUGUCGGUGACGGCAGCGCCUACGAGAAUACAGGGACCCAACGUGGUUGCGAGAGACCGCACUGUGGACCUGCCCUUCACUGCAGCUACUUCCUCUGCUGCAACAACAGAAUCAAGUAGGGCCAUGCCAGAGGAAGAAGAAAGGCAUGGCACAGGUGGGUCCCCCCUGCAGCUAAGUGGCUGUGAAGUCAUUUUGGUGGGGCAAUUUGAUCCUCUUGAGAGUGACUGUGUCUUCACACUGAUUGUGCAGCAUAGUAAAGUCGUGUUCUGA